UUUUGUUACACUUCUUUCACUUUUCAGAUUUUCAGAGAAUCUCAGAUCACACAGACAAAACGUGAGAAUUUUUUUAAUUGUUCUGUGUGUUGGUACGAAGGAAGAGAAACAAGAAUGAACGAUUGGGUAUCUCUGGGGUUAGGUUCGGUUGGGGGAGCUUUGGUCUCGGAGGCUCUUAAACUUGUGAUUAAAGAGGCAAAGAAGUACAAAUCCUUCAAACCCUUGUCCAAAGAUCUCGCGGAAACGAUGGAGAGAUUGCUUCCGUUGACCAAAGAGAUCGAUUCGAUGCAAAACGAGCUAGACCUUGGUGCAGGGGAGCUAAAACAACUGAUGGAAACGAUAAGAAAAGCUUAUGAACUGGUUCGCGAGCUCAAAGACCACGACGAAGUCCCGUUCUACGAGAAAUCUACUUACGCCAGAGAAAUAGAGGAUAUUAAUAAAGAGAUGACCAAGUUCUGUGAUAUUAAUCUUCAGGUUCUUCAGUAUAGGAACCAGUUGAAGUUGUUGAAUAUAGGGGGACACCUUGUUGAUAUGGUGUACGACAUAGGUGUUAAAAUAGAUGGCUCUAGCGUUGCUCCUGUCCCUGUUUUUAGAGACCUUUGUUCGGUUCCUAAGCUUAAUAAGGCACCCGUUGGUUUCGCUUGGCCAUUGAUGGAGCUUAAGAAGAAACUCCUUGACGAUGCAGUUGUUAAUCUUGUGGUCUCUGCUCCUCCCGGGUGUGGGAAGACCACUCUAGCUACUCAGCUUUGCCACGACGCAGGUGUCAAAGGGCAUUUCAAGCAUAUCUUCUUUAAUGUUGUCUCAAGUAGUCCUAACUUUAAGGCCAUAGUACAGAAUCUACUCCAGCACAACGGUUAUGCUCCACAUACAUUUGAGAAUGAGUCUCAAGCAACCGUUGGUUUAAGAAACCUGCUUGAGAAACUCAGAGAAGACGGUCCUAUUUUGUUGGUGUUGGAUGAUGUGUGGAGAGGAGCCGAGUUGUUUCUUCAGAAAUUUCGAAUUGAUUUGCCAGAUUAUAAGAUUUUGGUGACGUCUCGGUUUGAUUUUCCGAGCUUUGGAUUCAACUAUCAUUUGAAACCUUUGGAAGAUCAAGAUGCAAGAGCCCUUCUUAUUCAAUGGGCAUCACGGCCUGAUAAGACAUCUGACAAAGAUUAUGAACUUCUUCUCAAAAAGAUAUUGAAACGCUGUAAUGGAUUCCCAAUAGUUAUUGAAGUAGUUGGCGUUUCACUGAAAGGACAAACUCUAAAUACAUGGAAAGGGCAGGUGGAAAGCUGGUCUCAAGGGGAAACUAUUCUUGACAGUCCUUCUCAGCCUACUGUGUUGGAAUGUCUGGAGCCUAGCUUUGAUGCACUGGUACCUAAUCUCAAAGAGUGUUUCUUGGACAUGGGUUCAUUUCUUGAAGACCAAAAGAUACGUGCUUCUGUAAUCAUUGACAUGUGGAUGGAACUAUAUGGUAAAAGUAGUAGUAUCUUGUGCAUGACGUACCUUGAAGACCUUGCCUCUCAGAAUCUACUUAAACUUGUUCUUCUUGGAAGUGAGACUGAGGAUGGUUUCUACAAUGAGUUCUUAGUCACUCAACAUGAUAUCCUUAGGGAGUUGGCUAUCCGUCAAAGCGAAUUGGAACCAAUCUUGGAAAGGAAAAGACUAAAUAUGGAGAUAAGAGAUGAUACAUUUCCAGACUGGUCUUUGAAUGGACCUGUUGUUAAUGCUUCUCUGUUGUCUAUCUCCACAGAUGAUUUGUUCUCAUCAAACUGGGUUGAAAUAGAUUGUCCCAAUGUGGAGGCUUUAGUUCUUAUUCUCUCUUCAUCAGAUUAUGCAUUACCAAGCUUCAUUGCUGGAAUGAGGAAGCUAAAGGUUCUGACAAUAACAAAUCAUGGUUUCUAUCCAGCAAGAUUGACUAACUUCUCCUGUCUCAGCUCGUUACCUAACCUGAAACGGAUCAGACUGGAGAAAGUUUCAGUCACGUUGCUAGACAUUGUCCAGUUACAACUGGUCAGCCUCAAGAAGUUGUCUUUGGUUAUGUGUAGUUUUGGUGAUGUUUUCUAUGACUCUGAAGAUAUAGAUGUCUCUAAAGCCCUUCCUAGUUUACAGGAGAUUGACAUAGACUAUUGCUAUGAUCUUGAUGAGUUACCUUAUUGGGUGUGUGAAGUUGUUUCAUUGAAGACACUUAGCAUCACAAACUGUAACAAGAUCUCUCUACUUCCAAAAGCUAUAGGCAACUUGAGUAAGUUAGAAGUGUUGAGGGUGAGUUCUUGCAUUAAUCUCUCUGAGCUGCCUGAAACGGUUGAUAGACUCAGCAACUUGCGGUUUCUAGAUAUAUCUCAUUGCUUGGGAUUGAGAAAGUUGCCUCUAGAGAUUGGGAAGUUACAGAAGCUGAAGAAGAUCUCAAUGAGAAAGUGUUGGAGGUGCGAACUGCCAGAUUCAGUGAGGGAUCUAGAGGAUUUGGAGGUGAAAUGUGAGGAAGAAACUAGGUUGGUCUUGUGGGAAAGGUUGAUGAAAAAAAUGACAAACUUGACAGUUCAUGAGGAGGAAACAGAGCAUAAUCUCAACUUGCUUCAAAUGUUUUAAGUUGUGAAUAGUGUUAAUUAUUAUAGCUUUGGGCAGAUUUAUUCAGUAAUAUUAUUAUUAUCAUCUAUCUAAAUGUAUAUUUUUAAAAAAAUAUUAAUAAAACUAAGAAUCGUCAAAACAAUCUUCAAU